CCCCCCCGCCCCCCUCCCGGCGCUGCCAUGAGGGUGAAGCUGAAGAACGUUUUCAUCGUGUACUUCGUGGUGUCGCUGGUGGGGCUGCUCUGUGCCCUGCUGCAGCUCGGGCAGCCCUGUGACUGCUCCCAGCAGAUCCAGGCCGAGCGGCGCCGGGGCCGGGACCGGCUGCUGGCGGAGCAGCGGAAUGGGGGGACCCGGGGGGAGCCCCGAGCACAGGGGGGGGGCCAGGCCCUGCCCACCAUCUACGUGGUGACCCCCACCUAUGCCAGGCCGGUGCAGAAGGCGGAGCUGGUGCGGCUGUCGCAGACCCUGCUGCACGUGCGGGCGCUGCACUGGGUGGUGGUGGAGGACGCUGCGGCCCCCACGGCGCUGGUGGCGCGGCUCCUGGCCAGCAGCGGGGUCCCCUUCACCCACCUGCAUGUGGAGACCCCCCCCGAGAGCCGCCGCCGCCCCGGGGACCCCCCCUGGCUGCACCCGCGCGGCGCCGAGCAGCGGAACCGGGCCCUGCGCUGGCUGCGGGACACGAGGGCGCCCGGCGACGGCGGCGUCGUUUACUUCGCUGAUGACGACAACACCUACAGCCUGCGCCUGUUCGAGGAGAUGCGCAGCACCCGGGGGGUGUCGGUGUGGCCCGUGGGGCUCGUGGGGGGGCUGCGCUUGGAGCGGCCGCUGGUGUCGGGGGGCCGGGUCGUGGGGUUCCACACGGGCUGGAAGCCGGAGCGCCCCUUCCCCAUGGACAUGGCCGGGUUCGCCGUGGCGCUGCCGCUGCUGCUGGCGCGGCCCGAGGCGCGCUUCGACCCCCGCGCCGAGCGGGGCUACCUCGAGAGCAGCCUCCUGGGGGCGCUCGUGUCCCCCGCGCAGCUCGAGCCCAAGGCGGGGAACUGCACCCAGGUGCUGGUGUGGCACACGCGGACGGAGAAGCCGAAGCUGCGGCAGGAGGAGCAGCUCCAGCGCGAGGGACGGGGCUCGGACCCACACAUCGAGGUGUGAGGGCCCCCCCCGGGGCCACGCUGGAUGUGGGGGCCCCCCCCGGGGACACUCGGCCUUUAUUUAUCACGGGGGAUCCCCCGUUUCAACGGGGGCUGCCCCAUGGAGCGAUGCCUCCA